GUCAAUUAACUUGUUGUCUAUUUAAGUAGCAAGCACCCAUAAGCUGGUUUCAGAAGAGAUAUAAAGCAAGUUCUCUCCCUCUCUCUUGCACUACUGGUUUCUAGCUUUUCAUUCCCUCUCUCUCUCGUUCAUUUUAACGCAAUUAAUGUAUCCCAAUAAUCCUGCCCCGGUUCCAAACCCUCCUGCUUGUGCCGUCCCAGCUGGUCAAUGGACAACAGGCCUCUGCGAUUGUUUUGAUGAUCCAGGCAACUGCUGCAUCACCUUUUGUUGUCCCUGCGUCACCUUUGGGCAGAAUGCAGAGGUGAUAGAUAAAGGAACCACAUCUUGUGGGGUUGCCGGCUUCAUCUACUACGCCCUGGCAAACAUUGGCUGCUCAUGUCUCUAUACAUUUUCCUACCGAUCCAAGUUAAGGGGAUUGUAUUCAUUACAGGAAGCUCCAUGUGGAGACUUGCUCAUUCAUUGUUGCUGCCUUUCCUGUGCUCUUUGUCAGGAGUACAGGGAGCUCAAGAACCGUGGUGUGGAUCCUUCUAUAGGUUGGCAAGCCAAUGCUGAGAAGUGGAACCGAACUGGUGGCGGAGGCAUUGUAAUGGCCCCAAUUGUUGCUCCAGGCAUGGCUCGUUAGGCUUCUCCGGUUGUUUCAUUGAACAUAUCUAGACGUCUCUGCUCAUUUGGCUUUUGAAGAUUUUGUUUCACUACGCUUCCUCUUUAGGCUUUCUCCAAGCUAGCUUUCGUCUACUGUUCUUUGCAUCUAUUCUGUUUGCUGUCAUUGUAUUGUUCUUCAUCAGUUUGGUUUGUAAUUUGUCCAAAUAAAAAGUGAACCAGGUUCUGGGUAUGCUUUUGGGAUACCCAUGCA